AUGUCGAUCCUUGGGUUUUCCUACGGUACGGCAGUUGCAGGGGUCUAUGGAUCGACGUUUCCGCAAUUCAGCAAGCGGCUGAUCCUGAACGGGGUCGUGGACCCAUUUCCAGAUGUGAAGCGGCGGGGUCUGUCCGAUGCCACAGGAUACACGGCGACAUGGAAUGGCAUCACCACAGCCUGUGACCUGACGGUGGAGCAGAACCUGAAGGAACACUUUCAAGUUGAAUUGAUUCGGGACGCAAGCAAGCCCACUACGGCCGCCUUGAUCAUGGGGCUGGUGGACCUUGCCUGCCAGAAAGGUGGGCCUCAAGUUAGCGUGGCCAUGGCCUGCAUUGAGAAGUAUUCGGGGGGCAAAGAGGUGGAUGGUUGCCCCGACAACCUGACAGAUGACAUGUUGAUGGAUUUGCCACAGCUUCGCAGGUCAAAAGGUACGUCGCUGCUGUCCCUGGCGAGUUCGACCUCCGUGUCGCGUUCGAAGGCGAGCGACUUGUCCGAUUGGUUUGGUCUGAGCAUGCAGGCCAUGGUUAUGGGCACGGACACCGCUGGCAGACUCACCGAAGAGGCUUACAUCGAGGCCUGGAAGGGCUGGAAGGCAGAGUACCCCUAUGGCACCCUGUGGGCCUUGAAAUGGGCUGCUGCAACAAGCACCUGGCCGACAAAUGCGCGGCCCGUGCCUCCUGUGGGGCAUGCAGAUGUCAGGCCUGUCAUUGUGGGAAACCUCCAUGAUUACAACACAGCUUACCUCAACGCGCAGCUGACCAAGACGGCUUUCCCGAAUGGAGCCCUGGUUACCUGGCAG